UAUAGAGAUGAUGGAGUCAAGACGGGAACAGUUAUCCCAGCUGCAGCUUUUCAUAAAGGAAGCAGAUAAUGAAGUAACUUUGAUUCUACAAACCUUACAGUGGGACAAGGAUACUUUGAUGCAGGAAAUCAAAGCAGAUCCCAUGGUCACCUGUGAAUAUGACUCAAACCACAGGAUACCACUAAAAUCACAAAAGGAACAUGAACAUAAAUGUUUUCUGAAAUCUCAGGGAUAUGAUCUUGAUGACACAUUCUUGCCGGAGCCUUUGGAUCCUGACGCCAAAACUCUAAUUAAAUUAACAUCUGAUGACAUAAAACAAAUAAUCGAUGCAGCUUCUAAAAACGAUCCGUUGUUCAAAAAAGGUAGAUUUGUACAACAUUUUAUAAUUGAUUUCAAUGAAGGUUACUCCUUAAGAUACAAUAUAAGCAAUGAAAAAAUAAAGAGAGUGAAAUCAUGCGAAAAACUCGUCAACAAAGGUAAUGGAAGUGUAGAGUCAGAGCCGUUGACGUGGGGCCGCAUGGCGGUCGCCUACACCAGGGAUGAACGGCGAGCCAUGUAUGAUGCGGUUGUCAACGCCAUGCCCUCCGCUCACGAUCUGUCUGACUUGGCGCUGGCUGGGUCAAGUGCGGGUACUUCAGAGGGCAAGGCCAAGUCUCGCCUGGAGGUGUUGGCAGAGCUGCGAGACAUGAAGCGCCGGCGAGCUCGCUACCGCGGCGUCGCGCCCAACAAGAACUACUCGCACACGCUCAGGGAGCUCAUCGCCACGCAGAUGGAAUUAUAUACGGGCACAAACGCAGAUGCAGAAAUUGAACAAAAUAAGCACAAAGCGACAAAGGUUCACGACACACAGAGACAAGAUGACGAAUACACACAAAAGGAAAAAUACAUAAAAGGAAGAGUAAGAGAAGAUUCCAAUUUAAGGGAGAGUAAAAGAGACAAGGAAAUAGAACACUAUAUACAAGAUAGUAAAGGAAAGUACAAACAUAUGGAUGGUAGCUAUUCUAAAAAACGCGAAAGAGAGUCUUCUACAUAUUCAGAAAGAGAUAGAAAAUAUAGCAGAUAUGAUGACAGAAGAAGACAUGAAAAAUAUGACGCGUAUCGCGACGACCGUGAUAAUAUUUCAAUAGAUAGGAAAAGAUAUCACGAAGAAGAUCGAAAGAGACAUAGGGAGAGAAAAGAAGACAAAUACAGAAGGAGUGAGAAGACUGAAUACACACGGUAUUAUGAUAAUCAUUGUGAGAAGUCAAGAAGACACGCCUCUAAAGAAAAAACAAGGUCCGAAGAACAAAGAUAAUAUUUAAGAUUUAUGUACAUUAAUAAAAAAAAAAUAAUACCA